AUGGUCUUGGGUAUGGACUCCUGGUUCGCCCUGUCGUUCCAAGGUGCCCCCAAACGCCUUGGUAUCUCAAACAAUGCCAGGGUGAUGCUUCAAGCCCUUGAGGACUACAAGUGUACCAGCAUGAGUGAGGCUGACAUCGGCCGCAUGCUUCGUCUGAGCCCCAACAGACGCCAGUCCAUGAUCGACACCAUCCGGGACUGUACCACUAUGAUGGCAAAAUACAAAGAGGUGAGAAGCUGUGCUCUGGUAAUCCAGAUGUGCACUGAGGUCUUGGAGCUCGCCAAUCGCCCUCCUCCCAACGACCGCUUCCCUUUCAUGAAGCUACCCAUCGAGAUCCGGGCUCGUGUGUUAGGCAUGAUCAUUGACGCUGAGCCCAAGAGCUGCCGCAUGCCCCCGAUCAAGCGUUCCCAACAGUUGUUCCAAUGCAACUGCGCCAACCCUGAGAGGAGCCAUAUUGGAUUCCUAACGGGAAAUCAGUGGGCAACCUACAAGAUACUCGGCCAGGUGCUGCGUGACGAGUUCUACCCCAUCUACUACGAUCGCCAGGCACAGUACUUCACCUGCUGUUGUGACCUCCUCAGCCAACUCAAAACCAACAAGUGUCUCCGCGACCAUCUGCGCAAGGCCGAGAUCCACUGGUGUGGUCCCAGAUCCGACAAGGCGUUCGAGGAGUUGGCCGAGUGCCCCAACCUCAAGGAGCUGACCAUCAAAAUUUCCAAGGGCACCACGGCCAUCCUCAACAAGCGCGAGGAGGCCUUCCAGGCCAGCUUUCCCCUCAACUACAAAAACAAGAGAGUCACUGACAGCCUCGGCGCCGACGAGCUCUUUGCCAUCCGGGGCAUCAGGGCGGUGGAUGUCCAGCAUGUCCACUCGGCCCAGAAGGUCCAGCUGAGCGACUUUGACCGCCAGGGUCUGCACUCGGCGCUGGAGGCGACUGUUUUGCUGCCCAAGCCGGUGAUCCCAGUCUACAGAGGCUACCAACCGCUCAUUCACCAUGGUUGA